AUUGCAGACACAGAAGUCUCCCCCAUGGCUUCUUAUCACAUCCGCAAAUACCAGGAGAGUGACAACGACAGUGUUCUGGCCUUAUUCUCCAGUGGGAUGACUGAGCACAUCCCUGCUACAUUCCGCCACAUGUUGAUGCUGCCCCGAACGCUCUUGUUCUUACUUGGAGUGCCCCUCACUUUACUGCUAGUCACUAGCUCCUGGCUCCUGACCAUAAUGUCCAGCUUUACCCUACUUAUUUUCCUGAGGCUGCUUGCUACUUUUCCCUGGAAGGUUCAUGAAGCUCUAUGUUUGCGCACAGACCUGGCUGACAUCACCAAGAACUACAUGAGUUCAUGUGGCUCCUGCUACUGGGUGGCUGAGUUUGAGGGACAGGUGGUGGGCACAGUGAGUGCUCUCCCAGUAGCAGACCCUCCCUUAGGGAAGAAACAAUUGCAGCUGCUUCACCUCUCAGUGGCCAAGGAGCACCGCGGUAAGGGGAUCGCAAAAGCCCUUGUCAGGACUCUCAUCCAGUUUGCCCGGGUUCAGGGCUACAAUGAAGUUUUCAUUGAGACUACCACAAUGCAUUACAGUGCCCUGGCACUCUACCAGGCUAUGGGCUUCCAGAAGAAAAGCCAGAUUUACUACAGCAUGAUUUGGAGGAUACUGGAUAUUCCUAAAGUUGAUUUAAUGUACCACCUUCCUUCUGCUCAGGAAGAGGGACUGUGA